GUUACAGCUCUACAACUCUCAGAAUGACAAUAUUUUAUUUCGAUCUUAACUGCUGACUACCUUUUCGCGAACAAAACGCGUUUCUCCUCGGAAAUGAGGAAAGGUGCGUUUUGCCACAGUGGUGCAUAAUCCCCCAGCAACCCCUAGCUGGUAUAGAAUACAUCUUCCCGCUCGAUACUUCAGUAGGUCGUACAUUUGUAUGACCGCUUAGGGCCUAGACAUCAAACGUACGACUAACAUCGAUGAGGAACGUUUAUGCGUUUAUUUUUUCCAGUGUCCUCUUCGAUUGACUGUAUGGCUGCCCUUUUACAAACCAUGGAGGAUCGGAUUGGGUCGUUGGAGCGGGAGGUAAAAAUGGGUAACCUUAAGCUAUCCAGAAUGGAGGAAAAAUUGGACGAGCAGACACGGCUAUUGUCGAUGUUGAUCGAGCAAACAGUAGCUGCUCGACAACCCGAUGCGGAACGGCAUUCGGCGAAUGAAGAUGAGGUACAGGAGCAGGUGCCGCAGCCGAACAGCGAAGAGCACAACGCGAAAAAUGAAACGGAAGAGGAUCAGGAUGACGAGCAGGAACGUCAUGAGGAGCAUGAGGCAGCGCCAGAAAUCCCGGUUCUGCCAAUAAGAACCGUGAAUGACUUUUUUGUAUUGAACUCUAGCUGUGCCAGAAACGAAGAGUUUGUACAGCAAAUGGCGGAAGAAUUACAACAGGAGGUGGUCGCAUCGCAAACGAGAGCCCGGAACGUCAGCCAACAAGCGUUAGAUGUAUUUUUGCUGACUUACAGGAGUACACCUAAUAAGCUGUUAGAAAACCAGAAAACUCCAGCGGAUGUUAUGUUCAACAGAAGGAUACGCACAACUUUAGAGCUGCUACGAUCACCACCGCGACCCUUCGCCAAGCACGUAUACUUCUGA